UCCAUAUUCUUCUGAAACUUUCAAUUAGGGUUUACACCUUUCAUCAAUGGAAUGGAGAACACACAAACCCUAAAUUAACUACACGAUCCAUCACCAUGGAGCCUCGUACUCACAGAAACGGUACCGACGCCGCAUCAGACGGCGCCGGCGACGCCGUUCCGCCGCCUGCACCGCCGCCGCCGAUGUCCAGUGUUAAUGCUCCGCCACCGUUCUUAGUGAAAACUUACGAUAUGGUUGAUGAUGCUGCCACCGAUAAGUUUGUUUCGUGGGGUGCUGCGAAUAAUAGCUUCGUUGUGUGGAAUCCACCGGAGUUUGCUAGAGAUCUUUUGCCGAAAUACAUUAAGCAUAACAAUUUAUUCAGCUUUGUUCGCCAGCUCAAUACUUACGUGUUGUUCACUUGUUCUGUUUCCUUUAAUUUCAAGUUAGGGUUGAAAAUGUUAUGAUUGUCUGGUUGUUUGGUAAUUGAUUGAUUUGAUGUGUUUUUAAGCUAUGGUAAAUGAUUGUAUGAUUAUGAAUUUGUAAGUUAUUCGGUUUUCGACUAUGAUGAUCAGUAGGUUUCGAGUUCAAGUUUUAGGGCAAAAAAUGGGAGUGUUUUAGUUUGAUUAAGAUCAUCCAUUUUUUAGUGUGACUUGUUUAUUUA